GAAGCUUUCAUUUCCAUAUAUAUAGUUAGGUGUUUGUAAUAUGUUUAUGAUGUCAAAAUCUUACAUGGUAAGGUUUAUAGUGGUGCUGUUUACAUUCAUUGUCUUACGAGAUUCUCUAGCAUGGGCAGACCUGCAGAGCUACACAUUCGUUCUUGAAUCGACAAGUAUUACUCGACUAUGUGAGACAUAUAGUCAAGUCACAGUGAAUGGACAGCUUCCAGGUCCAACUCUUUAUGUCCGAAAUGGAGACACACUUAAUGUUGUAGUUUAUAACAAAGCCCAGCACAAUGCAUCCAUCCACUGGCAUGGAGUGAGGCAGAUCCGCACAGCGUGGGCUGAUGGACCUGGGUACAUUACACAGUGCCCCAUCCAACCAGGGGGAAAGUUUACAUACACUUUCACCAUUAUCGGACAGGAAGGGACGUUGUGGUGGCAUGCCCAUGUUUCAUGGCUCCGUGCAACAGUUCAUGGAGCAAUGGUUAUCCGUCCAAAGAAGGGUAGCUCUUAUCCGUUUACCCAACCUCAUGCUGAGCUUCCUAUAGUGCUAGGUAAUGGAAAGUAGAACCUAUCCAAGUUAUACUUUUUAUUGAUCAAGUUAGCUUGAUCUUUCUUCAGCUAUUAAGACUUGAUGAAGCUGUCAGACUAGUUAUAGAGACAGGUUAGAAUAUUCAUGUUAUACGGAAAAGUUAAAUUUUUUUUUUUUAAAAGUUUUCAGUGGGUCUUUUUGUCGGUGGACUGGUUCGGAAUGAGUCUAUUAGGAUUAAGA